GAGUACUUAGCUAAGUACUGCGUAGAUAUCAUCUACUAUCUAGCUAUCUGCUAACCCACUGUUAUAUUCUCUGUACAGCGCUGCCGGCAUAAGAGUUCACGGUUGUGACAUCAUCGUUGAUAUAUCGGGGUCCAUACUUGCAGAUCAGCGCGGCCGCAAUCGAUACGAGUCAUAUAUCGGUGUCUUUGGUUGCAAUAAUAAUUGCUGCCUCAAGACUUCUAUGACUUGGGACUAGAUGGAACCCAUGGAGCCAACAUACCCCGUCCUGCCGAGGAAGCUCCUCAUCAUCUCGCUGAAAAUGUACUUCACCCCGACCCGCACCCUCGACUACCUGCGAGCCCUGCUCGAUCCGCGCAACGCAAUCGUCCGACCGGAGAACCGCGCCAAGCUGCUGCUCGCCCUGAUCCCGGACUUCCUCACGCUCUACCCGUGCGCCGAGAUCCUGAGGAGCUACGAAGAAGCAAGUCUGGGCCCGGCUCCCCCCGCGCAGCAAGAACAACCGCUACCGCUACCCCCGCCCUUCCUGCUAGGCGCGCAAGAUUGCUUCUGGGAACCGCUGGGUGCGUACACGGGCGAAGUCUCCCCGCUCGCCCUGCGCUCCGUGGGCGCCUCCAUCGUGGAACUGGGCCAUGCCGAGCGUCGCGCCAUCUUCGGCGAGACAGACGAGCAGACCGCGCGCAAGGCCGCCGCCGCUUCUGCACAGGGGAUGAUCCCGCUCGUCUGCGUCGGCGAGGUCACCACGCCGGGCCCUGUCGCCUCGCAGGCCGUCGGAUUAGCCGUGCGCGAAUGUGAGGUCCAGAUCCGCCCCGUCCUGGAUGCCAUCCCGCCUGCGGCGCCGGUCAUCUUCGCGUACGAGCCUGUCUGGGCGAUCGGCCAGCCGAAACCCGCCGGCGUGGACCAUGUCGCGGCGGUCGUGGAGGGUAUCCGCGCGGUCAUCGGGUCUCGCCUGGGGGAAGUACGUGUCCUGUAUGGCGGUAGCGCAGGACCCGGCCUGUGGGGGGCUUGUGGGCUUGGGAAGGCAGUCGACGGGAUGUUUCUGGGGAGAUUCGCGCACGAGGUGGAGGGAGUCCGGAAAGUGGUAAGAGAGGUCGAGGAGACCUUAUAACAUUUUUAUAAGGGGCUGCUAUUCUUAAUUCUUCUAUACAUCUGGAUAUUGAAAUCCGAGAUAUACAAAACUCUAUACCAUGCAGAAAUGAAGAGAGAAAAAAAGAAGACAGUGCAUAUGAUAGUUUCCAAAAAAGUUUCUACUCAUCUUUUUUCACCUGGCGCAUCUCCUGCUUCACUCGAGUCACCGUCCCAACACCGCCAUAGACAAUACCCGUGUACAUCAUCGCGACUGAGGCGCCGGCAUCCAGGACCUCGCGGGCCUGCUUCCCGGUGGUGAUACCGCCAGAGGCGAACAGCACCUUGGGCGUGAACUUUUCCACCGCCGGAGUCUCUACGACAGGCACAUUCUCCUGGUCGGGUUCCGCAGUGACUGCAGCCGCAGCCGAGACUGAUGGCCCCUGGUCCAGAAGAGACCGAUACCGAGCCACCAGCGCAACCAAGGGGUCGAACAAUUGGGGACCGG